AAAUAAAAGUUGUGUAGGUGAAUUUCGCGUCUUUCCGCGCAUGUCAAUACUCCUCAGUAUAUAUUUGGUUUUGCUUGUUUGUGGGUCUUCCGCGAGGUCGUUCUUCAAAUUUCCUGUGUAUCAAUAUAAACGCAAAGCCACAAACGAACAGUUGUUCCAGAAAGUUUUGUCAAACUGUAGUGGUUCUUGCCCAUUAGAACACAGUACCUCUUCACUCGAACAUACUAAAUGUGUUCGUCUUUGUAUGAGCAAAAGCUGCUACAACUCACUUUAUGGCUUUGAUGAGCUAGAAGAAGGUGAAAUUGACGUCAGAUUUUCUUCGUUUAAAGGUUGUGUUCUGCAAAAACUAAAAGAGAAUGGUUUUCGUGUAACAUAAUUCACUUUCUGGAGACAUGGACAACAAACCUACGUUGAUAAGAUCAUCUCUGCCUACUCCUACUAAUUCGACUGUUAACUAUCAUGAAGUAUUCAGUGAGUUGGUUCCAGUGCUAACUCAGUGUUUUGGCGUAAUUCUCUUGGGUUAUAUCGCUGGCCGCCUGAAAAUUCUUUCUGAAUCCCAAGCUAAGGGACUUAACCUCUAUGUCACUAGAUUCGCUUUACCCGCUGUAUUUUUUCGCGCCAUGGUAACAAUUAAUUUUUCUGGUGUCUGUUGGUCUUUCGUUAUGGCUAUAUCUAUCAGUAAAUUGAUUGGUUUUAUAAUGGCAAUUACGUUCACAUACUUAAUUAGUCGACGUUUUCAUCUGGGCAUAGCUGCUAUUGUUGCUAUGUUUGUAUCUCAGACCAAUGAUGUAGCAUUAGCUUAUCCUAUACUCUAUGCUCUUUUCCCUGAUUUGGCUAGUUAUGUUUAUUUAUUUGCGCCAAUCCAACUGAUUGUUCUCAAUCCAUUCGCUUAUUUUCUAUUGGAGCUAGAACGAGUCAGGUUAACUAAUAGUGAGCUUAAACCGUUAAUUCAUAGUGAAGAUAGUGAUAUUGAUAGAAGACAAUUAUUAGAUGGUAAAAGUUCGAAUUCAGUCCCAUCAUGUGGUCGAUGCCAGCAAUUGACACAGGUUAUGUUCAAUGUUCUCAAGAAUCCUUUAAUUUUCAUGACUUUAAUUGGUAUCAUUUUUAAUUUUAUAUUGAAGCACCAUUUACCAGUGUAUAUAGAUGGCUUGCUCAGUGUUAUAGCUGACUCCUUCGGUGCUACUGCUUUAUUUUCACUCGGUUAUAGUAUGGUUGGCAAAAUGUCUACCAUCACUCAAAGAGAAGCUUACAUUUUGACAACAAUCCUAUUGACAAAACUUUUGAUUGUUCCUUUUAUUACACGUGAACUUGUUGCUCAAAUGAUGCCUAUUGCAUUGGCUAAUGAAACAUUACGUUAUUCUACAUUUGGUUUCUUGUAUGGUACUACACCAACAGCCCCACCUGUGUUCUUAUUUGCUGCUGAAUAUCAAGUUAUACCUGUGGCCAUCGGUGUUGGUCUUGUCUUGGGAACAUUCCUAUGUGUGCCAAUUAUGUUUAUUUUUGCUCGUAUUAUUACAUUGUACAACGCAGAACCAAGUGAUUAUGCAAGUAUACUUGGUGCAACUGUUGAAGAUAUUUCUUGGAUUAGUAUUGUGUGCUGUAUUUGGACAUUGGGUUUGCUUUUUGUUAAUCGGAAAGCUAUUCGAGUUCCUAAUCGAUUCACAUUAUGUCAUUUAAUUUGUGUGCUAUUCGCUUGUACUGGAUUAUUACUUGGUCGUUUCGUAAAUUAUUAUUAUUAUGGUAUUGAAGAAAGUCUAAACGGUGGAAAAUUGAGUCAACCAGCACGUUGGUUAAAUUACAUACAUUUUUCAAUACUCUUUUUUGGUUCUACGGGUACACGUUGUUGGACCACAUUAAUCGCAUUAGUUCUUGUUAUGGAACGUGCACGUAGUCUAUGCUUUGUAUUGCGAUAUCAAUUGCACAUUUACUUAGUUGGCUUCUUAACACCUGCAGUUGUCACUGGUCUACUACUAUUAACAUCAUUUGGUCAUAUGGUGAAAGAUAUCGAUCCGAUUUUUCAGUGUGGUACUAAUCAACUGAUUAUAUCAAUCGUAGUUUUGAUAGUUAAUGCAUCUGGUACUUUAGCCUGUUUAAUCAGUUUUAUACGAAUUGGUGCUCCUGUACAAGAUUGUUAUGAGAUUAAAGCAUCAUCAGAUGUAGCAGAAGGGACAUGUCGUUCACAACUUUGUAGAAACUUUAACGAUUCUGACAAAAAUGUUACCAAUCAAACACAACAGUCUCAACAAACUUCUCCGAGUAAUUCAAUCAUUACAGACAGUUAUCAAAUCACUAGAAACAGUGACGAUUCCGUGUUACUCAGUUGUGGAAAUCUACAAACUCCACAGUCAUGUGAUUCUGCGAAAUUCUGUAAUCAAUGUGAUAAAAAACAACGAAGAGAAUGUGCCAAAAUUCUUGCACGGUAUUGUGAAACACAUCAACCUUCCACGAUAUCGUCAACAUCAGCUACACAUCCAAUAACUCAACAAAUUGCUUUAGGACUUGAGUUGGAUAAUGUUCAUGCUCAAGGAAACAGUAAACCUCCACAUCAUAAACAUGUGAUAUUCUUAAUAUUAAUAUUAGUUACAAUGUUUUUAGGUAUUUGUCUGUGUACUUGGAGGCUUGUACAUGAUGCUCCAACAGGUGUUUAUAUAGUUCUCGAAUUUUUGGAUGGUUCUUUUAAUUUCGGUCAAGGUGUAGUUUUAUUUGUAUUAUUUGGUCUGGAUGCAGAUUUGUUUAUUGCGCCGACAAAACGUUUGUAAGUAAAAAACUGAAUUUAAACACCUUACCGCUUUCUACUUACUUACUUACUUUACUUACUGACCUUAAAUCAUGGAUAUAGUACUAGUUGUACUUGUUCUACAUUUCUUCAUAUUUGAAAUCUAUAAUGAAAUGUUGUGGAGAUUGUUGAACACAUAGUUUCACACCACUGAUUGAUUUUAUCUAGAUAGCCACCGAAAACUGGACAAUUGGUGAUGCUCACCCACAACCUUCCAGUUGUCCAGUGCUUUCUGGUGUUCAAUGAUCAUUUGACCAAAGUUGAUCUGUGUACUGACAUUUUGUAUUUAAAAGCGUUGAGACUAAAAUGAUGUGGCUGUUAGUACGACUUAAUAGUCAUAUGAAGUGACAUGUUGUAUUAUUCAGUGGUUGAAACUUUACUUAGUAUAGCGGUUUUUAGGCUAAGAGUAUUAAUUGCGAUCUCAUGAAAUUUGAUUUCGGGAUAUUCGAGAAAAUCUGUCUGGAUCCCAUUUGACCCAUUUAUUUCAACUAUCACCACAUAUUCUGUUCCAUGGAAAUGUACGCGGUUGCAAAUGAAUAUCUAAUUCUAUCAAACUGACUUUUUCAAAAGACAGUUAUAAGGAACUUAUAAACUGCUACAUAUAUGUAUCUGUUCAAAUUACUACACCAUAUCAUUAAAACUAGAUGAAAUCAUCACAACGAAUCCCUGAUGAAUAGAAUUGGUAUCAUUAUCAGUGGUAAUAAAAAAUGGACAAUACGAUCCAAAAAUAAAGAACAAAUUCACAGAAUAAAAACUAUGGGAUAAUUUUAAAACUCAAAAUCGAAGAGAAGAUAGAAAUUGCAUAUAUCUACACCAUUAAGGCCUUUCCUGAGCCAAGUCACCCAACGUUUCCAAUUGGUGGUUACCAUAACCGCACCGACUCCGAUCAAGUAGUCUGCAUCUACUAAUACACCUUAGUUCAGUUAUCAAUGUCUUCAUGGACUGAUGCCAUUUCUCGGCUUGACCCCUUUAACUGUUUUAUUAAUGACAUAUCGAUGAAUCGAUAACAUUUGAGCAAUUAUCCUGAAGCUAGACAUCAUCAGAUUAUUAUUAUUAUUAUUAUUAUUAUUAUUAUUAUUAUUAUUAGUGGCUUUAUUCAAUAUUAUAUUUUUUGGUACAAUAUAGAAUUCUCAGCACAAAGUAUUUCAAUAACUCUCGCUUUCUUAUUUCUUGAUCAAAUCUUGCGAUAAAUAUUGAGUGGUCGCCAGUUAGAUGUUAGCCGUUCAGGGAUCGACAUCUGAUAAAUGUAUAUCCUUUUCGAUGCAUAUUGCCAGUAACCAUGAUGUCUCUGUUUGAGCUCUUUUGUAACUUGUACAGCGAAAUGUUGUAAACUUUUCACAAACGCACCUGAAUAGGUUAUGAGACUAAUAGGCAUAAUGAUGUGUUAAAACAAACAAGAAAACAGAUAAGUUGUUGAAAUAUGCAGAUGGCAGGAACAGGUAGCCCAGAUAUUCAAACAGGCCGCCUGUAAUUGUCAUCUAAUCCUAAUUUGUUGCUCUUGCUCCUACAAUUCCGGAUUGAAUCCACCAUUCUUCAAGUUUUAUAAUGAAGACAAAGUAUUAUUCAGCUGUAUUAACUCAGUAUUCAAUGGUUCAUAUUUUAUUACUUAAGUUAGUUCAUGGUUUAAAACUCUUCAUAUCAACUGUCUAACUUAAUUGACUUCAAAGAUCACCAACUUCCUACUAUUCUUUUUCAACUAAGUAAUUAAGGUAAAAUAAUUUGUAAUUUGUUGGAGUAUUUUUUUUCUGUCUUUAUGGUGAAUAGUUUCUAUGAUUUAAAUUGAAAUACCAAUAUCCAAGUCUUUUUCUAAUCACUUAUUAAUGAUGUCUAAGAUUAAUGAUUUUUAUUUACGAUGUUACAUAAUAUCGGUAUUGGGGUCAUAGCAUGUUAGUCAGACAAAAUGAUGCUGCUAUGUGUUAUUCGAUACAUUUUAUUAAAAUUACAUUCUCUUAGCCAGAUGAUUUAAUCGUGAAGCUUUUACUAUCUCCCAACACAUUGUCGGUAUGAACUAUAGAUAAUUAGUGUGAGUUAAGAAUUUCUCCACAAUGAACUAACAACUUGUUAUAACUCACGAAUCAGAUCAGUUAAAUUCAAGCUGAAUGUAUGAAUAUCCAUUUAGUAAAUAAGUUAUAUUGAUUCAAUAGUAUUAGCAAUAUUUAUUAGGUUCGAUAGAGAAUACUGGUGGGUGGUCUAUGGUCUUUCACGAGGGGUAACAGGCGUAAAUAAGUAAUUCGGUUAUUUUCAAAUUUAUUAAAUAAAAUCACUCUAAUAACAAUCUUUGGUGAACAAAGAGAAAAUCUGAACUAUUUUUUUUUGAUAUUUCCAAGUAUUUUCUUUUUUAAUGGUGAGUUCUAUCAAGUACAUGUUUAUGUUCAUUAUUGCUUCUUUUCCAUUUGUCAUAUAUUUGACUAUUACAUUUAUAUCAGAAGAGGUUUUGUGGAAAUUGUAAUAAUUUCAACAGUUGAGAUCAUGAGUCAACAGACCACCAGGUCUGUUGUGAGAUAUCAGCUCACUGAAGACAAUGGUAACCGUGGCGCAAUUUCGUGGAUUGGUUGAAGUUAGAUAUUAACACCGUUGAAUGCCGGCUCAGUGGUCUAAUGGUUAAGCGCUCGCGCGCGAGACUGAUAGGUUCGAGUCUCGCGAGGGGCGGGGUCGUGGAUGCCUAUUGCUGAGGAGUCUCACAAUAGGGCGAAACGGCCGUUCAGUGCUUCCAGGUUUUCCAUUAUGUUCUAGCUUCAAUUGACCCAUGAUCUCAACUGUUGAAAUUAUUACAUUUAUAAACAAAAAACCACCUUAAUUUAUGAAUAUACACAGCACGAUCAAACGAUGUAUCAUUUUUACAUGGUACGCUACUGAUACUAUCCACAAAAAUUAGACUAAGCAAUCGUUUCAAUUGAUUGUAAAGUUAGUCGAUAAUACAGUUUCGUAAACAGCUAUCAAUUGGCCACAUCAUAUCAUUGAAUUCAUCUAUCGGUCUUUUUUCAUUUUUAAGAGUUGAAAAUUGGUUCAUUAAGUCAUCAAAAUUGUACGCCAUAACGCCUACAUCUAACAUCAACCCUACUCACUUUAUAGUUCCGCAGUAGAGUAACAUAACUUUCUAUGGUGAACCUAUACACAAUUACCUAGUAAUCAUAAGUUACUAAGCUGAAUGCAAAUCAGUCGGAUUCUAUCUAUGCUUCUACUUAUAAAUAAUUGGAUAGAAUCAUCUUACAUGGCUUAACCAAAAUAUUAAAGAAGUACUCCGUCCUAUGUAGAAUUAGCACUUGAAUACUACUCGAUGAAGUGUACGCCAAUUGGAAUUAUAAAACAGUACACGUAAGCAACUUGAAGCCAUGAUCAUCCUAUCAAUCAAUGUUUACUUUUAUUUACUUAUGAUAAUGAAUAACAAUAAUAAUGAUACAUUCAUUCAUUCUUUUUUUAACGUUCCCUCUCAUUCGCUCUCUCCCAUUAUAUUCAUUGCUUGUUGCCAUAUAAAGUUUAUCACGUUGGUUUAGUCAUUUCACCAGUAAACAAUUCAAUGGAAGUUUCAAUGAAUCUUUUCAUCAGCCAAAUGUUGAUAAGAGUAAAAUUGAUAAAAUAGUGAAUCAAUUUGUGAAAUUUCAUUUAAAAUCAUGUUCAACAAAUAUUGGUACUGGGAAAAUAAUUAAUUCAAUUCACUACGAACAAAUAUUUCAUCAGUACACCCUGGAACAAUGGUUAGUUGACGCCGGUAUCACUGAUUCCAAUGAAGAGACAUUAUUUUACAUAGAAUGCCUUGAAUUAGGUAACAUUAUAACGUGUAUCAAUCCUAUGACAAAUGAGUCAUUUAUGGAUAAAGAUACAAUGACUACAAUAUCAAAUACAAAACGCUUGUUAACAUUCACUGCUUAUGCUUGGGGUUUACAUAAUAUAAGUUACUAAAGAAAUUAAUUAUGAUUCAUAGCAGAAACUAUAAUGGUGUUACAUUUUUUCUUGCCUUCAUUAUAUAUCUGUCACAAAUAAAUGAUAGCUUUCAUAGUUAUCAGAUCAUUGACUGUUCUUGACCAUUACUUACUUAUCACAUGUUCAAGCUCACUUGUCUUUCGAUGAUCAUGAGAUGUGUUUUUAUUUGCUUUUCAUAUUCUAAUCCUGAUGGGUUGACGACCAGAAGGAGAGGAAGGAAAAGUAACAUCUUCUUUCAACAUAAUAACUUCAUUGUCUAACAAAACACAGUGAUAGUUGUUUAUUCCAUGAUAAUUUUCCAGCUCUUUUUUCUUUUCAAUAUCAUUCCAAUGUUUGUGUAUUUUCUUCCCUGAUCAUUGACAAACUGAGAUUACCCAUCUAUUUUUGUCAUGUUGGACUUUUGUAUUUUUUUUCGUUUGUUUUGUUUUGAAAUUUGUUGUAGCUGUUGCCGCUUUUCUAGUAUACACUUUUUCUUGGUUGCAUCUUUGUAUGUACGUUUGUUGACUGCUGUCUGUUUAAACUUACAUUGAUUGUUAACUUGUAAUAAGCCACUGAUAAUGUUUGGUUAAUUAAAACAAUAAUUGUUUAGUCUAACUAAGCUAUACAUCUAAUGAAGUAGGAAAUAGGCAUAUAUAUGAUUGAUAUAUUUCAUGGUUAUUGAUGUAAUAUGCUAGUAUGACACAAAUACCUAUUAACAAAAAAUGUCCAUAAUAAUAAUGUAUUCCCCUCUUUAGCACAUAGUUUAUAUGGGACACUGAGGAAAGUUGUACAAUAUUCUGAAUCAUUGUAUCACUUGAUGAUGAUAGGCUGAGAAAUAUCGUGGGAAGUGACUCGACUUAAGUUUUCUGAUGAGUGUCUCAACUCAUACUACUUCCAACAUCAAUUUAUAAAACUUUGAAUUAUUCCCAAAGAUAAACAAGAUGUUCCUCUUAGACCUAUUCUGUCAAUAUUUAAUUCAUCCUACCACAAAGUUGCACGUAGGCUAGCGGAUACGUUAUUACCAGUCCGUCAGCGAUGUUUCAUUUAAAUUUGCCGACAGUAUGAACCAUACAAACAUUGCUGGUAAGUCUAUGGUUUCUUUCGAU